AUGACAGGAAUACCCCUUCAUGCCAUCAGAACGUAUAAAGCCCGCGCAUCCGGGAUCGAUCAAAAACCCUAAUCCCAAUUUCAAGGGUUUUAGCUCUUCCGGCGUCUGCUUCCUCUCUCUCGUCCCCUCCUCCUAAGCUUAGUUAACACAAUGGGCAAGUCCGGCAAGAAAUCUGAUGCUAAGGUUGCUAUGGCUACUCCUGUUUCAGAUGGGAAGCCUUCUAAAAAGGGGGCUAAGAGGGAAGCAGAAGAGGCCUUGGAAAAAGCGGCAAGCGUCAAGAAGCAGAAGAAAGAAGUAGAAGUUAAGAAAAAGCUUCCUCCACCGAAAAAAGUCGAAUCUAGUUCUUCCGAGGAAGAAGAUUCAUCAUCGGAAUCUGAAGAGGAGAAGAAAGAAGUAGAGGUUAAGAAAAAGGUUCCUCCACCGAAAAAAGUCGAAUCUAGUUCUUCCGAGGAAGAAGAUUCAUCAUCAGAAUCUGAAGAGGAGAAGAAAGAAGUAGAGGUUAAGAAAAAGGUUCCUCCACCGAAAAAAGUCGAAUCUAGUUCUUCCGGGGAAGAAGAUUCAUCAUCGGAAUCUGAAGAGGAGAAGAAAGAAGUAGAAGUUAAGAAAAAGGUUCCUCCACCAAAAAAAGUCGAAUCUAGUUCUUCCGAGGAAGAUGAUUCAUCAUCGGAAUCUGAAGAGGAGGUCAAAGUUCCAACCAAGAUUGUCAAGAAACCAGUGAAAACUCCUGCAAAAGAAUCUAGCAGCAGUGAAGAAUCUUCUGAUGAGGAAAUUGAUGCUAAGGCAUCCGUCCCACUGAAGAAGCCAGCAACUGGAGCUAAAAAUGGUGCAGCUGCUGUUUCUAAGAAGAUAGAGGACUCAAGUGACAGUUCAGAUUCAGAUAGUAGCGCGGAUGAUGAACCAAAGGCGGCUGCCACUGUAAAGAAACCUGCACCUGCUCCCCAAAAGAAGGCUGUGCCAAGUGAUAGCUCUUCUGAGAGUGAUAGCGAUGACGAAGAUAAACCUGCUGUUUCCAAGAAGAAACCUGCUGCAACUUCAGUAUUGUCACACAGAAACCUGCUCUUUCCCAAAACAAACCUGCCUCAACUCCAAAGAAGUCAGAUUCGAGUGAUAGCUCUUCUGAGAGUGAUUCAGAUGUGGAUGAAAAGUAUUGUCACACAGAAACCUGGUGUUUCCCAGAAGAAACCUACUACAACUUCCAAAAAGUCAGAUUCAAGUGAUAGCUCUUCUGAGAGUGAUUCAGAUGUGGAUGAAAAGAAACCUGCUGUUUCCCAAAAGAAACCUGCUACAGCUCUGAAGAAGUCAGAUUCGAGUGAUAGCUCUUCUGAGAGUGAUUCAGAUGUGGAUGAAAAGGUUGGAGGUUCUAAACCUUCAGCAACAGCUAAAGCCACUACGACUACAUCAAAACUGGCUUCCACUAAUGGUUCGAAAAAGCCCGUAAAAUUAAGUGAUAGCGAGUCAAGUGAUAGCUCAGAAAGUGAAUCUGAUUCAGACUCAGAUAAGAAAAAGGUUCCUUCUCCUGUUGCUGGUGGCAAGCCCACUUCAAAAGCAGUCAAGGAGAGCAGCAGUGAUGAAGACGAAGAUGAUAGCUCAGAUGAUGAGCCUCCAAAAGCACAGAAGAACAUAAUGAAGAAGGCUACACUGAAGCCUAAAGAGAGUUCUGAUGAGAGUGAUGAAGAGCCACGGAAAAAGAAAUUGAAAGUUCAGACUCCUGUUUCUUCGAAUUUGAACAAGUCAAAGAAAACCGAGAAAGAUAGCGACAGUGAUGAGGAUGAAAGUUCUGAGGAAUCAUCAGAAGAGGAAUCUGAAGAUAAAGAGCCAGCAAAGACACCAAAGAAGGACUCUGAUGUGAAGAUGAAAGAUGCACCAUCAGCUGGAAAACAAACUUCAACAGGCUUCGGAAAGGAGCCCAAAACUCCUUCACAAAACCAGACUUCUGGAUCAAAGACGCUCUUUGUUGGAAAUUUAUCCUUCAAUGUUGGGCAAGAUGAAGUAGCGGAGUUUUUCGGGAAAGCAGGAGAAGUUGUUGAUGUUAGAUUCGCUACAUCUGAGGAUGGUAGCUUCAGGGGAUUUGGCCAUGUUGAAUUUGCCACUGAAGCAGAUGCUCAGAAGGCCUAUGAACUGAAUGGUCAAGAGAUACUAGGACGUGGAGUGAGGCUUGAUUUUGCUCGUGAGAGGGGUGCAUACACUCCACAGAGUGGGAGGGACAAUACUUCUUACCAAAAAAGCGGACAACGUCAGAGUCAAACAGUUUAUGUAAGAGGAUUUGAUAAAUCCCUUGGAGAGGAUGAGAUAAGGAGUUCUCUCCAAGAGCAUUUUGGAUCAUGUGGGCAAAUCUCCCGUGUUUCUAUUCCACCUGAUUAUGAAACUGGUGCUCCAAAGGGAAUUGCAUAUGUUGAAUUCCAAGACCAUGAUAGUUUUUCUCAGGCUUUGGAACUAAAUGGAUCUGACCUUGGUGGCUACUCUUUAUCUGUGGACGGGGCUAAACCGAGGGGAGAUAGCCGUGAUGGAGGUAGAGAUAGUGGUAGUCGAGGGAGGUUUGGAGGAGGUCGUGGUGGCCGUGAUGGAGGUAGAGAUAGUGGUAGUCGAGGGAGGUUUGGAGGAGGUCGUGGUGGCCGUGAUGGAGGUGGCAGGGGCCGUGGUGGUCGUGAUGGAGGGGGCAGAGGGCGUGGUGGAGGCAGAGGAACACCCAAUAGGCAGAGUGUGUCUACAGUAAGCACUGGCAAAAAGAUCACUUUUAUUCUUAUAAUCGAUGAUGUUACAUCUCAGACGAGAAAUUCUCAUGCCAUGUUACUCUUUCUAGUUGUGGAUCAUGAGCACAUUACUUAUAGAGAGUGCCCAGCGUUUAUUGACGGCAUAGGGCUAUGUUCAUUGCAAUGA